AUAUACGCCACGAGAGAGAAGAGACCGUUGGAGUUAAAUCUAUAAUCGAUACUCCUCGCUUGAUCCUCCCUUCAGAGACAGCUCGAAUACCCAUCAAUAUGGAAUCAAAGAGCACAACCGAAAUCCGCGCAGACCUCCACGAAAGAGCUAAGCGAGGACAGGCUCUGAAUGACGACGAAAGAGAGGCAGUAAUCAAGGCCGAAGCAUCUCUUGGAGGGGAAGAGAUAGGGAGAGGGUUUGCUGACGAAGCUCCAGCACCGGCUCCCUCCCAAGAGGUCAAUCCUCAUCAGUGUGCGUGGGCUUCAAAAGCAGACGAUGUGCUCAGCCAGCGACUCGAUCGGGUCACGAAGGAUGAUGCAAGAGAUCUGCAGUCGAAAGAGACUCGGGCUUUCGAUAAGCUUCCUGCGAAAGCGUCGCUUGCAUCAAAUGUACAAUCUGUUGCGGACCAGAAUGAGGAUACGAGAUUUCCCGAACUCCGGCCUCCUCCUGGAUCGUAGAGUUCUGACCAGAUGAGUCAACCGUUUUAUAGUAGAUAGUAUCAUAGGUCAGAUUCGGUGAUCGAGCGGCAUUGGAAUUCAGGAUGAAGUUUCAGCAGAUGACUGCUCGUGCUGUUGGUACAAAUGAUCUCGA